GGCAUUCGUCGCCACCUUUGCUCGCGCGCCCAUGGAGCAGAAUGGUGCUUCCCUUCAUGUUUCGUUGAUUGGAGACAACUUGGGUGUCCAAGGCACUGAUUUGGGGCAGAUUGGGCGCGUUAUCUAUACGGUGGAGCAAAGGGGCGAGCGGCUCGGCCUGGUGGGUGACCAAGCCAUAAAGGGCCAGACGUGCAUUAUGGGGGGUGAGCAGGCUGGUUUGGGCACCUACUCAGGCAGCCUAAACGAGCAAAUCAGAGGGGGGAGAGUUGUGCAGGCGCCCAUAGGCGCUGAUCUGGAUAGCCUAGGUGAAUUGCCUGGGCGCGUGAGGUGA